UUUCCAAUUAAAAAAAAAAACACACACACACACACGAACCAAAAACAAAGCAAUUUCCAGAAUAAGAAUCUAUCUCUACUUGAAAUAUAUUUGGUCAAGUUGGAACAUAUUAAAAAAAAAUAUCUCUUCUUUGUGUUUCUUCCUUUUAUUUUUUUCGAUAGAAAAUCGCGAUGGCAGAAGAAUUUCAGCUAGGUAGAGGAAAUUGGUGGGAAUCAUCAACUUCAGCUUCAUCAACAACAACAUCAUCGUCUAGAAAUAAGUUUAUCGAUAGCGGAAUUUCAUCAUGUACAAUGCCUUCAGCAUCGAGUACAACCGGUCUAAGCAGCAUGGCGAGUAACUUUGUUAAUUGGCCGACAGAAAUUCAUGAGGAUAUUAAAGUUAGAUCCGAAAAUAGUUCUAUGGUUUUUUCGGGAACUGAUUCCCAUAAACGUUACACCUCCGAAUCCUCUGUUGGCGGUGGAGGAGGAGGAGGUGGAGGCAUGGGGCAAGGCGUUUUAUCUGUUGAUGAUCCUAAUUUACAAAUGAUGGGGUUAGGUUUAUCUUCUCAAGGACUUGAUUGGAAUCAACCUUUCUUUCGGAGUGAAAAAUCGGGGAGUGGUUUUCGUUCGUUAAUUCAAGAAGGGUUGAGUUCAAAUGCAAAUUAUCAACAAGAAGGAAUAUGUCAUGAACAAGAUCAUAAUAAUUGGAGUACGCAAAAAAUAUAUCAUGGGAAUUCUGAUGAUUCUUCAGUAAAUGAUUAUAAUAAACAAUUAUUUAGUGGUCAUAAUAAUAAUCUUGAAAAUUCAGCAGUACCUUAUGGAAGUCCAUCAAAUAUGUUACAAGGGUUAUUAAUUUCUGACCUUAAUAGUCAACAACAAGAAUCAAAUAAUUUUUCAAGUGUUAGUAGAUCUUUAUAUUAUAAUCCUUCAUAUAAUAACCAACCAAAUUGUGAUGUCAAUAUUCCUACUUCAUCUUCAUCUUCUUCUUGGUCUAAAUUUCCUCAAUUUCUCCGAACAUCGGAUCCUUCAAAAGUAGUACAACAAUGGUCACUGUCACAGUCGCCACCACUAUCUCAUAGCCAGUUGUCACAUUUCUCUGGUGGCACGCCUUUUUGGAAUGCCACAUCAGCAGCCGCGGAGGACGUCCGAUCGGGUUUCGUCCCUCAGCUCCCCACUAACCCAACGGUUGAUGAGAAACCAAAGCAUACAGGUGAAGUUAGGAAUAUAAGCACAAUAACAAAGAAAAGUAGCAGUGAAACAUCAAAUAAGAGACCAAGGAAUGAAGCACCAUCUCCAUUGCCAGCUUUUAAGGUGAGGAAAGAGAAAAUGGGAGACAGAAUCACUGCACUUCAACAAUUAGUCUCACCUUUUGGAAAGACUGAUACAGCUUCUGUGCUAUCGGAAGCAAUCGAGUAUAUAAAGUUCCUCCAUGACCAAGUUAAUGUAUUAAGCACCCCAUACAUGAAAAGUGGAGCUUCCAUACAACAUCAACAGAGUACUGGUGAUAAAUCCAAUGUAAAUCCAGAAGGAGGAAAACAAGAUCUUAGAAGUCGAGGAUUAUGCUUGGUCCCAGUGUCUAGUACCUUUCCAGUAACUCAUGAAACAGCAGUUGAUUUUUGGACUCCCACCUUUGGAGGAACAUUCAGAUAAUCAAUGACAAAGCAUAUUAUAGUUGUACGAGUUUAAGUUAUAUACAUCGUCAGUAUAAAGAAUUUUUUAUACUAUCAGGUCAUUUUUAUUUAUUAUAGCAGAUAAUUUGUCUUGUUUUUUUCAAGAUUACAAAUGUAAGGACGUACGCUUACCAUGUAGGUAUGUUUUGAAUCAUGACCUGAUAGUGUAAAUGAUUCGUUAUGUAUACUGACGAUGUAUAAAACUUAAAUUUUUUUGUUAUCAAACCCUAGAAAAGUGGGGGAUGAAAUGAAUAAAGAGGGCAAAAAAGAAAUUAUUUAGUAUUAUUCCAGGUCCAUAGCAGGCUGAUGAUGAUGGAAAAAAGAAAAAGAAAGAAAAAAGAAUGAUAAAAGAGAGGGAAAAAGAAAGGACCAGCUCAGGCAAAAUGAUGCAACUUUGGCCAAUAUUUUUGGACCACUAUGUCUAUAUGUGAGUAUGCAGGAGUAUACUGUGGUGCAGUGGUGGGACUGCUUCGUCUUUAAUCAGAGAUCUCGGAUUCGAGCCUUGAUAUGGAGAAACUCUUGUUGGGAACGCCAUCCCCGAAUUGGCCCUGCAGUGCACGAUUCGAAUUUAGUUAAACUCUAAUACGGAUUUUGAACACUAGAUGGGAAACAAAAAAACGUUAGAGGUAUGAAAAAAGAUUAUUAUUAUUAUUAUUGGCCUAAUAAUGCUAGUUAUUUGUUUACAAAAAGGAAUUUUGUUUGUAGCAAAUUUUAGUUGAAAUGAGGGAUAAAAGGAGCUUUUAAAACUAGCUGUUUGUAUCUAUUAUUUGUGUAUAUAGCUGGCACUAGUUUACUUUAAUUUAAAACAAAAGAAAUGAGAGGAAUAAUUGAAGUUCCAAUGUGAAAGAU